CUCGUUUGGAACCCAGACAUGCGGGUACCUGAAGUUGGGUCUUUUCUGUUCCGGCGGCGGCGGUGCUGAGCGAAGUGGACAAGUGUGGGGAUUAGAAACUCAUCUUCAGUUUUUCUCUGCAAGGCUUCCUGGAACCAUCAAGAGGGAAGAUGUCUGUGACAUUGCACACAGAUGUGGGAGAUAUCAAAAUAGAAGUCUUCUGUGAGAGGACACCCAAAACAUGUGAGAAUUUCUUGGCUCUUUGUGCCAGUAAUUACUACAACGGCUGUGUAUUUCAUAGGAAUAUCAAGGGUUUCAUGGUUCAAACGGGAGAUCCAACAGGUACUGGAAGGGGAGGCAGCAGUAUCUGGGGCAAGAAGUUUGAGGAUGAAUAUAGUGAAUAUCUUAAGCACAACGUUAGAGGGGUUGUAUCGAUGGCUAAUAAUGGGCCAAACACCAAUGGAUCUCAGUUCUUCAUCACCUAUGGCAAGCAGCCGCAUCUGGACAUGAAAUACACAGUGUUUGGAAAGGUAAUAGAUGGUCUGGAGACUCUGGAUGAAUUGGAGAAGUUACCAGUAAAUGAGAAGACAUACAGACCUCUUAAUGAUGUACACAUUAAGGACAUAACUAUCCAUGCCAACCCCUUUGCUCAGUAGCUAUCAUAGGCCUGGAGGGAUCCUUGGCAGACUCUUCACUGGAACACGCCCAUUGUGAUUUGUCCAGUUCUGACUAUGUCAGAGACUGUGGUCCUUCUGGUGUUUACAGUGAUGAUGUCCAUCGGGGAGACCUGUGGCGUUCACCCCCAGCCCUGAGCAUAUUCUGUACCCCUGCUGUUGUUCAAUUUGUUUAAUUUAAAUACAAAGCAUUGCCUUGUUUUUAGUAAGAGUAUCCAUUUUUAAAUGUUGAUGUCAGAUGCAGGCAUUUUUUGAGCACCCAAAUUAUAUUACAGUCAUUCUAAUUUAUAUCUUAGAAGUACUGUUUUUCCUGCAGUAUUCAUUUCCUGCAGAUAGAAGGAGGAAAACUGGCCUGUCAACGUAGCACAUGCCUAUAAUCCCAGCACUUGUGAGGCUGAGGAAGGGUCAUGGAUUUGAGACCUGGCUGUGCUACAAAGCAGAUGCUCACUGAAGAAAUGAGAGAAGAAGACCCUGCUAAAGAUGUGGUUAGAAAGCCAGCCAGUCUGCCCUUUCCUUUCUGGGCGAGGUUAGGGGUUUUUCUUUUGUUUUGGGGUGGUGAAUGGUUCUGAAAUGCUGUUGGUAGGUUGCCCAGGCUGGCUUCCUCCUCUUAAUCCUUGUCUCCUGAUUGCUGUGAUUUCACUUUUAGUUACCAACUUGUAAAAAUACAUUGACUUUUUGGUU